AUGGCAUGCACUGUCCCAACAUGUCAAGCCAUUUUCCAUGGAAAAUGUCUAAACGCAGACGAGAGUGAGUUUGAAGCACUGAGGGCAUUACGAAAAAAUUGGGAAUGCCCGAAAUGUGAAAAGGCACGGAAAAAUAUCCAACCGACAGACAAGUGUCUCAGCCCGCCAAGAUCGGCGCCACAACAACAAACUGUCGACAGCACGUCACAACUGUUACUUGCUGCCAUUAAAAAUUUAACAGAAGAGGUCAAGGGAUUAAAAUUCUCCCUCGAUGCCAAUGCUAACGAGCUGAUACUUUCAGUGAUUCGCUUAGGUGACUUCUACAAAAGUAGUAAAAAAAAAUCCGGACGAUAUAAGAUAAAGAGAGGAUAUUUGACCGAAACUACUAA